UGCAAUUGUCCACAUUAACCAUUUCUCAUAAUUGGAUUUACCUGUGUAUGUAGGUCAAGAGUCAAUAAGCUUAACAAAUAGAUUUUGUGUUCCAAUAAUUAGUGCUAAAGGUAUUAAAAUCAUUAAUAUGACAAGGGUGCCCAAAUGUAUGCACCUGCCUAAUUUUGUUUAAAGAAUUAUUGCACACUUUCUGUAAAUCCUAUAAACUUCAUUUCACUUCUCAAAAAUUACUGUGAUAUAUUAAACUGAUGUUUCUGAUCUAAACAACCAAUGAUUUACUAAGGAAAAUCAUGAGAAUUAUCAGGGGUGCCCAAUCUUUUUCAUAACACUGUAUAUGUUUUUACUGUAUGGCCUGAACUCUACUCAAAUAAAUUGAGUGCAGAUUGUUACCUCAUAUGCAUGCAGUAGAUUGUCAAUCACCUUGUGAUUGUGAAGACAUGUGAACUGACAUGUUGCAUUGCUGCAAAGUUUAUUUUUUUAGCCAAAGUUCGAAAAAAUGAACAGUGACAAAUAAAGGUGUAAAUAAAUGUAAAUAAAAACAUAGACCUAUAGACCUAUUACAGUGGCACAUCAAAGCCCGACAAAAUUUUGCCAGAGACAAUCUGAAACAUAAGGGUGAGUUUUGAUAGUCUAUCCUUUGGUCUAUUGAAUCUCAUAGACCUAUAUUUAAUUCAUAAUAGAACCCUGAACACAUAUCAGAUUUUAAAAGUGAGACAUUUGAUCAUUUUAUGAUCACAUUAACUUAAUUCGAACUUAAUGCAGCAGCACAUCUCAGAACAGUGGGGACAGAACUAGGAGAGCAAUUACUGGAGUUUUUGGAGAAGAAUAUUGCCGUUCUUGUCUGAUGGAGGAUUCUAGGUGCUCAUCGGUGCUGGCACUUCUUUACCAGAUUUUCCGUUUAAUGAUGUACCAAAUGUUUCCUAUUGUUGAAAGGUCAAAACUGCAGGCAGGCCAGUUUAGCACAUGGACUCUUCUUCUCAAGCUGUAGUGAUGAAUGCAGUAUGUGGUUUAGCAUUGUCUUGCUGAAAUAUACAAGACAUUCCCUGAAAGGGAUGUUAUCUGGAUAGAAACAUAUGUAACUUAAAACCUUAAUAAACUGUCCAGCAAUGACAGUAUAUUAAGGUGUCUAAGGGUGCUUUCACACCUGCCUCGCUUGGUCCGGACUUUCAGACUUUUCAGUUUGGUCUGAAUCAAAGUAGCAGGUGUGAAAGGGGGCGGGAACCACGGUCCAGACCAAAGGACCAGAUUUUGGUCCGACCAAGAGAGGUGGUCUCGGUCCGGAUCUUCUGAACCAUGGUCCAGUUCGCCUGCAGUGUGUAAGAGCUUUUCUGGAUGGUUCGAAUUUUCGGACCAAUUACAGGAAGCUGAGCAGGCAUUCCUCAACAACGACAGCAGAAGAAGAAAAAUAACCAACUACUACUGACUGCAGCCUGCGGGAUAGCGGAGUUGGACGUCCAGUCUCGCAAGCUUGUAGUGUUUACACAGUAUUUAAGCCGGACGACGCGGCACGUUAUAUUUAAAUUCCGCUAACUGCCCUGUACAUUGUUUACUUCCGUUCAGAGGCAGGGCUAAGACAUGAUGCUGACAAAGUGGGCGGGACUGGACGGCAUGACGCUAACAAAGUGGGCGGAGCUGGACGCACUGGACGUUCAACUCCGCCUUCCUGCAGGCUGCAGUCAGUACCCUCUCAAAAUAACCGGAAAAGCAGGAAAAAUGAUCCGUGGAUACAGCUGCUUCAGGACAAGCACGUUCGUUUAGCGAAUUGAACUAAACCAGAGUACUGUGCCUGAAGUUGCUGCUGCUGCUGCUGGUAUAAAAUACACAAUAGCAGCAGCACUACUAUGGAGAAGAAAUGAAUCUGUUCAUUCAUUUUAUCCUUAUCCUGGAAAGGCUUUCCACCAAAUGAACCACACGCUGAAUUGUCAACACGCCGACGUUAGACGCAUGUCCUUCUAAAACCAAUCAGCAUCAGGUUAAGGAAAACGCAUCGAUACGUAAGUGAUGGUAAAAGGAUGUAGGAGUAUCACACAAAGCUCUUUGGUUCGCUCCCUAAACUGCAGUGUGAAAACAAAAAUAAGCGGAUAAAACACAUGAACCUUGGUUCGGACCACGGUCCGGACUUUCAGGUGUGAAAGCACCCUUAGAUGUCCAAGUUGCCCACACCAGAGGCACUAAUGCAACUUCUUAGCAUGAGAAGUGCAGCCUUUUGAACUGUGCUCUAAUAAAAAGCUGGAUGGUCCUAUUUCCUAUUGAGUCUGCAGGAAUACUUUGUGGAACAUUUUUCUGAAAUUGUUUUACUAUAUUGUGAUUCAGUUUUCACAGGUGACCAGAGCAUAACCAGAAACAGAUUUCACAUUUUAAUUCCUCCCCUUUUUGUGGUUUUCUUAGGAAGUUGCUGCUCUGUUCUAAGGGCAGAAGUAAGAGAAAUGACAGCAUGGAUGGACCUCUUAACUUCAGGAUAACUUCAGAAGACUUUUGAUGUUUCAUGCAAGACUGUUGUGAGAGCUCUCCAUCAUGGUGGAAUUUGUGGUCAUCGUCCAAGAAAAUCCCUGUUGCUAUCACAGUGGCACAUCAAAGCCCGAAUUACCUUUGCCAGAGACAAUCUGAAACAAAAGGAAAAUAACUGCAAGAAUGAAAAGAUUGAAGAAAAAGAAUAUAAAAAGAAAUUACCACAGCAGGAUCUGCUGUGAAGUUAAUACAACCACCAACAACAAACCAUCACCAAAAGAAACUGGAGAACGGAGUCCAUCUGAGUUCAGUGAACUGGAACACCUACUGAACCUGUCAUUACAGUGUGUGGAUGGGACUGAAAGGCAGACCUUGUUAUCAAGCGAGACGAACAUGUCCAAGAAUUAUUCAGAAUCUCAGAGGACUGUGGAUGAGAGGUUCAUGUUCUGGAGGAUCAGCAUGAUGUUGAUGAGAAUUCUGAUAAAAACUGUGCCUGUUUUUAUUAUAACACUGUGUAUUAGACGGUCACUCCCAGCUCCUCUGUACACCAGUGGCCCACACUCUCCAGCACCAUCCACACAGAACCGCCAGUUCAACAUUACACUGCAGUGCAAGGACAUCUGCUCCUCUGGCCAGUGCACAUUCCCAGUACCAGAUAAAGCUCUCCCGCACCUGCAGAACAAACAAUGUGAACAGGAAUGGUUCACCCAGGAUGGAUAUUUACUGGCUGAUGGAAGCUCUACCUCACCAAACAGAACCCUGCACCCAUUAGUCCUCGAUGUAACCCGCACCAGUCUGACCACCCGAUACUGUAUCAGUGGGCAUCAGUAUGUGAUGAACUGCCACGACUCUAAGAUAGAGGUACAGACCCAAUACUCAGCUGUGAACAACUCCAGGGGAUACAGGAGUUCUGAUAAUAUCAGAGACACCACUGUAAUCUCUAUCCUGCUGCCUACACUGGGAGCUGUGGUUUUUUCUCUGGGUCUAACCCUCUACUGUUUACGCAGCAGAAUCAGGGCUUUGCACUGUCUAUCUGACUGACCCUGAAUAAACCUGUCGGGUACAACUGUCCCAAUGAGGCACUGAAGAUUCACAGCAUUCCUGCACAUUCCUGAAGUCUGUCUGGGUACAAAAGGAUCACUGCAGAAAAAUGUACUGUCUCUGAUUUCUUCUAAAUAUUACAGUUAUGGCCAAAAAUAUUGGCACCCCUUAAAUCUU